UUUCACUGCAAACCCACUCACACCAUACAUAGAUUUGAUGGAUUCCAUCCAACCCCAGACCGCAAAGUGAGAAUCCCCAGUCCAGGGCCCCUUCUCCUUUUGUGUCCUGGUUCCCUGGGCUUAACAAAUAAAGUCGAGUGCGGCAUCAUCUCGCUUGUCAAUCUUGAGCUCUCGCAAUUCAGCAGCCGGCCAGCACAGAAUCUUCAGCCUUCUCCUCUUUCAACUUUCAUCCAACGGGAUACCCUACCAUUCUACAAUUGAAUUUUUUUUCUUGUUGGUUUCUUUUCUUUUUUUUUCCCGCCCUUUUUUACUGCUCCUCUUUAGAUUCAGCAUUUCAAUUUUGCAUCGCAAAUCUCUCCCGCCGGCCCCCUCUCUCCUCUUCCCGUGCGUCAGCCACUACAGAGACAGGUGCUAAGCCAGCUAGCCCCCAACCUGCCUGUCUGUGUGAUCCCCGUCCGAGGUCUCGAAUCGACUUUCAAUUCUCCACCCAAUCUCCUUUUGCCAAUCUCUCAACAGCACAACCUGACUGCAGCCCAUCGCCCACGCGUCCACUUCGUGCGUCGUUUCGAACUGCAGAAAUCGCUCCCGAGUCUUUUCUUCUUCGUCGAUUUUGCGAGCUGCCGAUUGUCACGUUUCGAGGCCUGCGACACCCCAGCUACCUGCCAAAAGGGUACGGGAGUAGUCGACACAGGGUGCGAAGCGGCUCGCAUUUCCCUUUCUUGUUUUUAUUUUAUUUUUCUUCUUUUUCUGUUCCUGGCUCCCUGGGUCCUAGGGGUCUCUUGAGCCUUUUCUUUACAUCUGAGGACCAAUCAUGUCUCGCGACGCCGACGUACAAGCACAUUCGACGGCACACGGCUCAAAGGAAAAGGAGACGCUUACUCCCGAAGACGGCGGAAGCGGAAGGAAGGGUCGUGGGCUCCUGAACGUACCAUCUAGGUCAUCGUCGCAAAGGAUGCAGCCCUCUUCCACAUCGACCGGCCUCGGUGGAGCGGCGACCGGCGAAUCCCGGGAUAGCGUGGACGGGCAUUCAAAGGAGUCAAAGGGAAGCCAGUUUGGUCGCAGGCGGAGAGGAAGCGCAUCGAGCAACCACUCAGGAGUUGCCAACAGCCAAACGAACACGCCCGCGAACUCGCAGCCUAGCUCGCCGCCUCCCCAGUCUCAGAAACGCAAGAAGGGUGGUCUGUUAUCCCUCUUUGGAUGCUGCGGCGUCCCGGACACCGCCAACGCUCUGGAGAAUGGUGAUCACCCGCUUCCAAACCACAAGGUUGAAAAGAUUCCCAACCGGCCAGCUACUGCCAGCCGGAGGACGGCGACCCCCUCAGACCAGGCGACCCCGACAAAGACUUUGUACGAGAAGGAACAGACGCAGCCGACCCAAAGUACAUCCGACUCGUCAAGAACGAAACGUGUUUCUGCGUCAACAACAAAUCAGGACCAGUCUACGGUGGGAGAGCGCGAAAGCGAGUCGAAGCAGCAGCCAUUGGUGGGAAGUGGCGGCCCUGUUGUCACAGUUCAGCCACCUCAGGUAUCAGGAAUUCCCGAAUCUUCUGCCCAACAGUCCCAGCCACCUUCCCAGGACACAGACGGGGAUGUUGAAAUGCAGGACGAAGGUGCUUCCCAAGGCGACGUGGCACAACAAAGCGUCGAAGCUGCCCAGCAAAAACUCCCACCGCCUCCACCAGGACCGAUACCCAGCUCUAACGCAGCAGAGGAACCCGUUGCGAGCUCCGACAAUGACAUGAUCCCAGCGGCUGUCCCCGAGCCACCAGAGCAAAAGUAUCUACUGCCGCCCAUUCAGCCCAGGUUUAAGGGCAAGAAGUGCUUAGUUUUGGAUCUCGACGAGACGCUGGUUCAUAGUUCUUUCAAGAUCCUUCACCAGGCCGAUUUCACGAUACCAGUCGAAAUAGAAGGCAACUACCACAAUGUUUACGUGAUCAAGCGCCCAGGGGUGGACCAGUUCAUGAAGCGUGUUGGCGAGCUUUAUGAGGUUGUCGUGUUUACUGCAUCAGUGUCAAAGUAUGGCGAUCCUCUUCUGGACCAGCUUGACAUCCACAAUGUCGUUCACCACCGACUUUUCCGCGAGAGCUGUUACAACCACCAAGGCAACUAUGUCAAGGAUCUCUCCCAAGUUGGAAGAGAUCUCAAGGACACAAUUAUCAUCGACAACUCGCCCACAUCUUAUAUUUUCCACCCUCAACAUGCCGUACCGAUCAGCAGUUGGUUCUCGGACGCGCACGAUAACGAGCUCCUCGAUUUGAUACCCGUCUUGGAAGAUCUGGCAGGGUCCAACGUUCAGGACGUCAGCCUAGUAUUGGAUGUUACACUCUGAUACCAUAUCGUUUUCAUUUGUUUAUUAACACUCUGGCCUAAAAACAACUUUUUUUUCCAUUCCUUGUCCUAAAACACUCACUGUCAACUCAAAGUUUUCCUUAUUACUAUUCGUCUGUUUGCCCCUUUUCCUUUUACCGUUUUUUUUCUUUUGCAGCAGACCUCAGAACUUGUUCCCAUCAUAGCGGAAGGCGUUUGAAACGAAAUUUUGCCGAUUGCUGUAGAUGCUCUACUGUUUAAUAUCCUAUACAUAUUACGACAGCUUUUGGAGCGUGUCCGGCGAACUCGAAGGGGAAGAGCGGAAAGGGACAGAAAAGCCGGGAGUUGGAGGGGUGCCUCGAGGACUUUGUUUUCGCGCUGCCUCAGAGCAGAGUUGGUGGCCGACGCUGUGCGCCCGCCUUCGCUUCCACUUUACUUCAAUCCAGGUCGGAUGAGGGCUAGGGACUGAGCGUCGCUCUGAGCUGUAUGGAAUUUGUUUUCUUGUCGCGGUGGUCACAGAUACGGCACCCAGGGACAUCAGCUUCUCCAGUUUUAUCUUGUUCGCCUAUCGAUUAUUCUUCCCUUGAAACAUAUACAAGUUAGAGUCUUGCCCUGUGUUCCAGACGGGAAGUCUUCUCUCUCGCCCUGCCUGCGGGGUUGUCUUGUCAGGGAGCACGUUUCAGCUUCUUGUAAUCUCUCUAUUCCUUUUGCUUUGUGUACUUCAAGCUUUCUCAUUUUUCCUUUGGCUUUUUUCAUUUUCUUGAUCUUAUUUGCAGUUUAGUCUAUCGGCACAUCUCCUUACCUCCGACUGUAUCCCUACCUACACUGGAGGGCAAGGGGGAAGAACUAAAAAGGAGAGGAAAGAAGAGAUUACAGAACAUACAAAGCAUCCAAAUAUCAGAGUCCACGCUUUCCUGAUAAGUUACUGUGGUAAUCGCUUGCAAAAUGUGGAAAGAUUAGGUACCUAUUUACAUGGCAAACCAUCUCUCUGGAGCAGAGACGGUAGUUUUUUGAGAUAUAAUCGAAAUUUCUGUCGCAUGUUCAUACACGCAUGGUACUUGGUACAUGUCUCGGACUUGGGACGGGAGUACUGUCUUUCGUC